GUUCCUCCUUGGCUCCCCUGGACCGUUGUCGUGGCGGUGGCGAUCGAUGUUGGGGUCAGGCUCGGCGGCAGGUGGCUGGGGCUGUUCUGCGGCGCUGCUACCCUGUUCAUCGGCUUCAACGGGUACUGGGACUCCGCGAUGCUCACUAUGAGCGUAGUGGGAGUUUCAGUGAUUAUCGCCGUAGGAAUUGGUGUGCCGAUCGGCAUAUUCGCUGCCUUCAGCAAUCGCUUUCGAGGCAGUCGUCCGCCCGAUUCUCGACACCAUGCAGGUCCUGCCUGCCUUCGUAUACUCAUCCCAGCCCUGGUCCUAUUCGGAGUGAGCGGCACCCAGGGCGUCUUCCUUACGGUGGUCUACUGCAUCCCCCCCGUCAUAAGGCUCACCAACUUGGGGAUCCGCCAGGUCCCCCAGGCCGCUAUGGAGACGGCCCACUCGCACGGAUCGACGACGUCUCAGACGCUGUUUCAGGUGCAGCUGCCACUGGCAAAGAGCUCGAUCAUGAUGGGCAUCAACCAGACCAUUAUGAUGGCAGUUGCCAUGGUGAUAAUAACUGCCCUGGUGGGAGUGGACGGGCUCGGCAGGGACGUAUGGCUCUCGUUGAGGGAGGUGGACGCGGGGAAGGGACUGGAGAGCGGCAUCGCCAUCGUGCUCCUGGCCAUCAUCCUGGACAGGCUCAGCUACGCCCUCGCGAAUUCCGGUCCCAACUCAGCUAUGCAUCCGUCCAGGCCAUCAGUCCGCGCGCACGAGGAGACGGCCGGCCGAGCCUUCAGAACAUGGCUGCCCGCUACGCUCUUCCCAUUUCGGGCGUGGGUCUGA